AUGAAUGUUACUUGUGUUUGGCGAACUUCGGACUACCUUCUGGAGCUGUUGGGCGACUGUGGAAUUUCCUCCAGCCCGUGUUGCAGGGUUCAGAAUGCAGAACCUCCGCUAGAGUUCACAUCAGCUGAGGUUGUAGAUUCCUCACCAGAUCCUGAGAUGAUGCAUGAGAUGUCUGCCUACCUUGAGACCUCCCAUAUCCAACGACCUGCCUAUGUCCGUCUCAGAUCCGCCUCAGCUCCUAUUGAUGACAAUGACAGCGAGGACGCUCCACAACAGUUACAUCGUCUCAUACGACGGCGACCGCGUCGUCAUUCCUAUAACUACGAAAACCUAGUUAGCAUUGCCCAACGCAUGGCGGAUGCGGGCGACGCCUUUGAUUUGGAGCACCGACUUAGCAAUAGCAGUGCCGCAUCGUUUUUCGAGUUGGGCAGGAGCAGCAGUUCUCUCCAGUGGCUCUCCUCUAGCCUAGCUGACCUUGUGUCCCGACCAAUAGGAGCACUGCGGAAUCUGUGGACUUCAGGACCGGUCGACGCAGAGUGA